GAGACAGACAGAGAGAGAGAGAGAGAGAGAGAGAGAGAGAGAGAGAGAGCCUAAGCCUAAGCUUAGAGCUCCCCUUUCAAUUUUUCCACCAUGCUUUGUUCAUCUCCAUCAUUGGCAAUAAAGUGGCACCUCCGCAAACUUCUAACAUUUUUCUUUCUUUUCUUUUGCCUUUAAUACUCCUCUCCCUUAAAACUUUCAACUGCCCGAGAGAAGCUAGUGGUGAGAGAAAAAAGCUAGUUGAACUACAUUAACCAAGCUUUCCUUUUUCCACCUUUUGUGCAUCAGAUCCUGUUCUUUCUCCAUGACUAGAAUUCAUCAAAUCUGAGAUGGGAUUUCUGUCAUCAGAUCACAAAAGGAAAAAAGAAAGCAAAGAUCAAGCUUGCUGUGCUGUGCUGUUCUGUGCUGUGAUGGAGUUUACUACUUUACUCACUAAAUUUGAGCUCUCCACUUCAAUUGUUUGAUCUGGGUCAUCUUCUCUUUGUUUUUUAUUUCUGUUUCUGAGCUUUGGCUUUAGCAUUGUUGCAGCUGCUUUGCCUGGAUUUUGGAUCUCUGCUGCUGCUUCUUCUUCUUCCUUGAAUUCUAUUUCUUCUCGAUGGGGGCUGAUCGAGAGUUCAAACACUUCUGCAAGCUAUGCAACAGAAGCUUUCCUUGUGGGAGAUCUUUAGGAGGUCACAUGAGGUCCCAUUUGUUCAACAGUCAAGCUGAAGCUGGCGAAAAUCUGAAGAAGAUUAAUUUGAAAAAAGCUGGAAGAAGAAACUCUGACAUGGAUAAGUUUCUGGGAGCUGGCGUUUCUGAUGGUUAUAGUCUUAGAAAGAACCCCAAAAAAACUUGCAGGCUUGCUGAAUUUAGUGGUGAGGACAGGUUUUGCAGAGAAUGUGGUAGAAGCUUUCAGUCCUGGAAGGCUCUGUUUGGCCACAUGAAAUGUCACUCCACAGAAACUGAGAGAGUGUCUAGUAAUUUGGAGUUUGAUAGCCAAUCAGACAAUGAAAUUGCAGCUGCUAAUCGUGGGAAGAGAUCUAGGAGGAGACAAACAAGGUACAUGGCUGCUGAAACUUCAUCUUCCUUUUCAUUUGCUAAUGCCACUGCUGCUGCUGCUGCUUCUUCAUCUGUUUCUGAUCAUAAUGAUCAAGAACAAGAAGAGGUUGCUUUGUGUUUAAUGAUGCUUUCUAAAGAUGUUGGUGGUUUUCAUUCAACCACCGAGUCUUCUGACAACAACACUAUGCCUAAACAAGUUCCCCCUCUGGUCCCAAAAACUCACUUCUCCAAAGCUGUUGAAGCUAUUCCUUCCAUAUGCAUGGGGAGUGAGAUGGUGAGAUUGACAGAACUCCAUAGCAGAAAGUUGGAGCUCAGUGAUAUGGAAUCUGGGUAUCUCAAAUUUGAAGGAUCAAACACAGAAUUCAGUGAUUCCGCUGUUAAGAUGAACAAGAACAACGAGAAAUCCCAGCAUGAUGACAGAUUUGGAUCAAGUUCCAACAACCAAACUUACUUUAACCAACCACAGUUCAUUUCCAGUAAGUUCAAUUCAGAUCAGAGAAAAUUCCAUGAGCUAUGUAAUGGGGAAUUGAGGUCAAAUUCCCUAAGAAGAUCAACACCCAAUGAACUAAACUCAGAAGCAUAUGAAAGCAAAGGAAAGAGAAGCAAAUUCCAGUGUAGUUCAUGCCCCAAGAUCUUUCACUCAUAUCAAGCACUUGGUGGGCAUAAAGCCAGCCACAAGAGAACCAAAGGAUGCUUGGCUUCAAAGACAGAAAACAGUGAAAAUAGCAACGAAACAGAGAUAUCGAACGACCCAACAUUCGAAAGUAAGUCCACAGCCACAGUCAUAGAGAUGGAAAAUCAGCAGGAAUCAGACAUUCACAUGGGAUAUGAGAAAAAGAACAGAAAGCAUCACCAAUGCUCCAUUUGCUUCAAGAUUUUUAGUUCAGGCCAAGCUUUGGGCGGCCAUAAGAGGUCCCAUUUGAUAAGUGGGUCAGAAUCCAGGAACAAAUUGCCACAAACCACACCGAUUCAGAAACCAAAGGCAGUAAAAAGAGACUUUCUGGAUCUGAAUCUCCCUGCGCCCAUCGAUGAAGAGGGCAGCAGCCAUUUGGGGUCUCUCGAGCCAUGGUGGGUCGGUGGAAGCCAUUCGCACGAGCAGGCAUUAGUGGGUUUGAUUUGAGUGCUUCAUUGCUUGCGGCUGCAGGCAUUGUACAGUAAACUCUUCACCUUUCCUCACGAUUCAUUGAUUCUUUACACAUUUGGGGAUCGAAGCUAUAACUCUUCUUAAUGAAUCCGAAGGAUUUUGUAACAAUUUGUGAGAUUCCAUAACUCCAGCAAUGGAAAUGGGUUUUUGAUCA